AUGGCAGACUCCGACCGCAGUAACUCGGCCUGGACGACAACACUGAUUUGUCUUGCCAUUGUAUUCCUUCUUCUUUUCGUUAAGCCGCGAUCCUCUCGGUCACAUCCGCCUCUGCCACCGGGUCCCCCAGGAGAAUUUCUCCUUGGCCACCUCCGCGUUAUACCCAAAGAACAGACUGCUGAAGCAUACGCGAAAUGGGCCAGGGUAUACAACCUUCGCUUGGCUGAUGAAUUCCUAGAGUCGGAUGUCAUUCACGUCAAGUCCCUUGGUCAGUCCAUGAUCGUGCUCAACAGUGUUGAGGCCGCCAAGGAUCUCCUCGACCGGAGGGGAGCCAACUACUGCGACAGACCCAGAUUCACCCUCUUCGAGGUCAUGGGUUGGGGCAAGACGCUGACCUUUCUCCCCUUCGGCCCCCGCUGGCAGAUGCACCGAAAGCUGCUGCAGACCUCUUUCAGUAAUACCAACGUCCGUCAGUGGUACCCUCUGCAGGUUACAGAGGCCCGUAAGUCCGUCCGCAAUAUCAUCUACAACCCCGAGAAGUGGGAAAUGUCCAUGAAAAGAUUUGCCGUUGCCGUUGUUCUCAAAGUGAGCUACGGCAUCGAUGUGCAGGAUGACAGUGACCCCUACGUCAAGAUUGCCGAAGAUGCUAUGUAUGCGACUGGAAACGGUGGGAUUCCCGCUAACAGCAUCGUCGACAUCUUCCCCCCCGCUCGUCAUUUGCCUAACUGGCUGAUUCGAGACGGGUCGCUGAAAUUUGCGCGAGAAUGGGGAUGGGCCAUACAGAAGCUGCAUGAUACACCGUUCGCAGUUGCACAAGACGAACUGGCUCGUGGCAAGGACAGCCCAUCCUUCGCGCACACGUUGUUGGAAAGGUACACAUCCAACGCCAAGAAGGGCAUCGACAACGAAUGGUCACUUGACGACAUCAAGGGGGCGGCAGGCGCUAUCUUCAUCGCAGGGGCAGACACGACUUGGGCCACCAUUGUUGUUUUCGUCUUGAACAUGGUGCUCAAUCCCGAGAUCCAGGAGAAGGCUCAGGCGUUGAUCGACCGGGUUGUCGGACACGACAGGUUGCCUGAUCUCUCAGACAGACCAUCCCUUCAUUACGUUGACCACAUUGUCCAGGAGGUCUACAGGUGGUCGCCGUUGGCACCGUUAGGCAUUCCCCAUAAGUCUCUCGAGAACGACGUCUAUAACGGCAUGUUCAUCCCGAAAGGGUCGCUUGUCUUUUUCAACUCACGCGCCAUGACUCAGGAUGAGAGGAUAUACCAGGACCCCAGGUCUUUUAACCCAGACAGAUACCAGCCACAAUCGUCUGGGGGCCAUGGUGAGCCCUUGCCACUUGGGCAGUUUGGCUUUGGGCGCCGAGUCUGUAUUGGGCGGUUUCUGGCCGAUAACAGUGUUUGGAUUAUUGUCGCUACAAUGCUUGCUACGCUCAACAUCCGCAAGAAAAUCGGAGCAGAUGGCCAAGUCAUUGAGCCCAACAUUGCCUUCACCAACGGUGGAACCUGCCACCCGGAGCACUUUGAUUGCUCGAUAACUCCACGCAGCAAGGAAGCCGAGGCGUUACUCAACCAGUCCCUGUCUCUUCCUUGA